CAUCAAUGAAAACUCUGGAUCAGACGUCUUUCUCAUUCUUCCUUUAAAACUUUCAUGAAAACUUUCUGCCGUUCACACACAGAAUGCAGUAAACAUCUGUUUUCUUCUUUGUCUCUGUAGUCUCACUGUCUGUCUGUCCGUCUGUCUCUCUCUCUCUUUCUCUCCCUCCCUCUCUUUCUCUCUCUCUCUCUCUCUGAGCGAGCACAAUUGAGCGAGUGAGUCCAUCAGGACGGGUGGAUGGGUCGAUCGCAGAUCAGAGCUCACGAUGUUCCUCCAGGUGUCUCUCCAGCUUCUUCUGAUGUUCAGCCAGAUGGACGUUUGCUCUGGAUUUCCUGCAGAGGAUGAGGAUUAUUACAUGCAAGAACUUCUGAGUCGAGAACAUUACCAUCAGAUCCCAUCGCCUGAGGAGGUUCUGCCAACCGACAGUCGGGACGCCUCAGGAGGAGCCGUUAGAAAGGAGACCAAAACCAAAUUAUUUGCAUCCAAAAAAUCUCCUGGGUCUGAUUCCACAUCAGUAACAAAUGGGAAUAAAAAGAGAGAGAAAAAUCAAAAAGGAGUGAAAACAGACGACAUCAGUGAUGAUUGUCCUCCGCUGGGUCUGGAAACACUGAAGGUUGAUGAUUUUCAGCUUCACGCAUCCACCAUGAGACACUACGGUCUAGGGCCGCACCGGGGCCGACUGAACAUCCAGGGCGGUCUGCUGGAGGACGAUCACUAUGAUGGUGGAUGGUGUGCAGGUAGAAACGACCCGCUGCAGUGGUUGGAGGUGGACGCUCGCAGAUUAACCAAAUUCACCGGAGUCAUCACUCAGGGACGAAGCUCUCUGUGGUCGAGCGAUUGGGUCAGCUCUUAUAAAGUUUUGCUCAGUAAUGAUUCUCACAGCUGGGUGACGCUGAAGAACGGCUCACGAGAUCUGAUUUUCAUGGGUAAUCGGGAGAAGGAGAUUCCCAUCCUCAACAACUUCCCCAAACCCGUGGUCGCUCGAUACAUCCGUGUGAACCCGCGCUCCUGGUACCCCGGCGGAAGCAUCUGUAUGCGUCUGGAGAUCCUUGGUUGCCCGUUGCCAGAUCCUAACAAUUAUUACAGAAGACGAAAUGAAAUCACCACCACGGACAACCUGGACUUCAAACAUCACAACUAUAAAGAGAUGAGACAGCUCAUGAAGGUGGUCAAUGAAAUGUGUCCGAACAUCACUCGCAUCUACAACAUCGGUAAAAGCUUCAACGGGCAGAAACUUUACGCAGUCGAGAUCUCGGACAACCCGGGAGAACACGAGAUUGGUGAACCCGAGUUUCGUUACACGGCCGGUUCCCACGGUAACGAGGUGCUGGGCCGAGAGCUGCUGUUACUGCUCAUGCAGUUCAUGUGUCAGGAGUAUCUGUCCGGUAACCCGCGGAUACGGCACCUGGUGGACGAGACUCGCAUCCACCUGCUGCCAUCUGUGAACCCCGACGGGUACGAGAAAGCCUUUGAGGCGGGAUCGGAGCUCAGCGGCUGGUCUCUGGGUCGCUGGAGUCGAGACGGCUUAGACAUCCAUCACAACUUCCCCGAUCUUAACUCGAUUCUCUGGGAAGCUGAGGCUCGUAAAUGGGUACCUCGCAAAUUCCACAACCACCACGUGCCCAUUCCAGACUGGUACCAGUCAAAAAAUGCUACAGUGGCUGUAGAGACUCGUGCUCUGGUGUCGUGGAUGGAAAAGAUUCCGUUCGUCUUGGGGGGAAACCUGCAGGGCGGCGAGCUCGUGGUGACGUUCCCGUACGACCGCACGCGCUCCGUUUCGGCCGUGCGCGAGCAGACGGCCACACCUGACGACCAGGUGUUCCGCUGGCUGGCGUUCUCGUACGCGUCCACGCACCGACUCAUGACCGACGUCAGCCACAGGGUCUGCCACACGGACGACUUUGCCAAGGAGGACGGGACCAUCAACGGGGCGUCUUGGCACACGGCCGCAGGAAGUAUGAAUGAUUUCAGUUACCUGCACACAAACUGUUUUGAGCUGUCCAUGUAUGUGGGAUGUGACAAAUACCCGCAUGAAUCUGAAUUACCAGAGGAAUGGGAGAAUAACCGUGAAUCUCUGCUCGUCUUUAUGGAACAGGUCCAUCGUGGGAUUAAAGGUGUGGUCAGAGACGUUCAGGGUAAAGGAAUCGCUAAUGCUAUUAUCUCUGUGGAUGGAAUCAAUCACGACAUUCGCACAGGGGCUGAUGGAGAUUUCUGGCGCUUGCUGAACCCUGGAGAAUAUAACGUGAGGGCGAGAGCUGAGGGUCACAGCGUCAGCAGUAAAGUGUGUGAGGUGGGAUAUAAGAUGGGGGCCAGCAGGUGCGAUUUUGUGCUCAGCCGCUCCAAUCUGUCACGAAUUAAAGAAAUCAUGAAGAAAUUCAACAAGCAGCCAAUCAGCAUGCGGCUACCACGUCAGAGACAGAACACAUAGAGUGUGUGAGUCUGUGUUUCUGAGUUUGUGUGUGUGUGUCUGUAUGUGUUUGUGUAUCUGUGUUUCUGUGUGUCUCUCUUUCUCUCUCUCUGUGUGUGUGUCUGUGUGUGUGUGUGUGUGUGUGUGUGUAUAUCUGUGUUUCUGUGUCUGUCUCUCUCUCUGUGUGUGUCUGUGUGUGCGUGUGUUUGUCUGUGUGUGUGUAUUAAAUGAAGAUGAAUAUUGUAUGGAUUUGUGGAUCGUGUGUAACUCUAAGAUCAGAAUCACAGCUGUUGUGUCUUUGUGUCAUAUAAACUGACUUGUGUUCCAGAAGCUGUUUUAUUGUGAUAUUGCAUCUUUUUGGUUGAUGUGUAUUUGCUUUGGUAAUAUUUCUGGCAGAUUUGUUAAUCUGCUCUGUGUUUGUUAAUUAUGAAUAAAAGGUUUUAUUAUCAUACUUUCAUUUUUAUGGAAAGCUCAUAGGAUAAACAAACCAUAACGCAGCAUGUGGAGUAACAUAAAUGUAUAAAAUCUUAGAUUUACUAAAUGUAGCUGUUGUGAUUUCCUCAUUUGUAAGUCUUAAAUUAAAAACAAAUUCCUGCAUGCAAUACACCGUUACUGUAAUCAUUUCUGCUCAUUGUCUAUAUCGUAAUUCAUCUUUUGACUUUUUGUAACACAAUCUUCAUCCCAAAUCCAUUUACUGGCCGCUAUUAUAAUGUUUAUUCUGAAUAUUAUUACAUAAAGUGGAAAUAAAAGUCAUUUCACCUGUGAUAUAUAUUCUG